AUGCCUUUCUGCGCUAUCACUGGGACGGCGUAUUUGGACCGAGGCGGCGCUCCGGGCGACAAUGUUCUGCGCUAUCGCUUGGCGUCGCCUCCUCGCUCAACUGGCUCAAAAAAGAUAAUACGUGAGGUUGUUGUGGGAAAGGUGAAUUACCUCUUAGUCAGCAUGGACCGUGCAAUAUCAUCACGUGAACGGCGCAAGCGCUAUGUCCGCUUUGGUCUCUCCGGAUUAACCUUUAAGCAUCAAUCAGUCAAUCCGAAGAUCAGCCGCAAAGAUCUACCGAAGAAUAACCGAAGAACCGAAAGAUGCACUCGGCUCCUCCUCGCCCGGCUCUCCAUGCGGGAUAGGCACGCCCGCGCGAGUGCCAUCUUCGAUUCGAAGGGGCGAGUACGAGCCGCUUACCAGCGGUGGUGGAGGGAGUUGAGCCUGGCGCGCCUGGUGAGCGUGGGGCUGAGGGAGAAGAAUCGCCCGCGGCCGUCGACGGGAGGAAAUACGCGGCCGAAGGAGAGCGAGAGCGAGCCUGAUAUCAGUGACUUGUUCAGCGACACUGAGGAGGAGGAUGACGGCGACGACGAGAGCGGCGAGGAGGAGGGUGACAACGAGAGCGGCGAGGAGGAGGGUGACAACCGUAUGGGUUUGGGAGGAGAGAGGGAGGUGCCAGUCGUAUGGAUGCAUGAGAUGGAUCUCCCGGCGACAACAACGCUCCUCAAAGAGACCGACCAUGGAAUGUGCAUCGACGACGUCGAUGGAGAAAGACAUGUGCUUGACAUCCGCCUCCACCUCCCCACGCUUACGCCUCGAAGUCUAUUCCGCCAAAUCGACAAGGCUGUCACCCGAGCAUACCCUCACAGAGAAUGGGGAACUCUUCGCCUGGUCAAUGUUGAAUUCUCGAAUGAAGUGGAGGACGACGGAGACAUUGACUUUUUUGUGCUCAAGACAGAUGAAAGCCUGAGCGACGAGAUCAUGGGUAUUCUGAAUGAUGAGAAGGUGUUCUGUCAGUUUGCUGUUGGUUAUGAUGUUGUAAGCAGGGAGGUUGCGAAGAAAGCCCGCUCGAGCUGA